CACGUCUCGAGCAUCCCUCGCUGCGGAUAGCUUGUCCCCUUCAAGACUCUACUAAUAAUGGCCAGGCUAAUACGUGCGGUGAUUUUGCUGCUUGCCUUAGUAGCCGCAAACUCAACUAAGCAAAGCAAAAAGAAACCUCCUAAACCGCGUGACAGCAACAAAUCCCUUUUAGACCUACUACAAAAGGCAGAACGCGAGGAGCCUGAUACAGAGGGAAAAAGUGGACGCGUUGUCCUGGAGCAGACCCCUCAUUUUAAGACUGUCACUGAGGAAGUCAAGUGGAAGCUCAACAAAGCCCGCCGUAAGCUCAGAAUCGCCAAGGGCUACGUCUUAUUGGCUCAGAAAGCAGCCAAAGAGAAAAAGAAGGGCACGUCAGAGGAAGCAGAAGUGAAAGACAUUAUACAUAAAGCGGAGGUGGAGGUGGUACACGCGGGAGAGGGAAUGGGGCUAGACUAUGUGCAUUUCAAGCGGGAUGUAGAGUAAAACACGAGCUUUAGUGGAGGGUCAAUGCGCAUGCACAUCGGGAGACACCGCUGGCAAGAUUUUGACUUGUCAACCACCAAGAGUAUGUACAUCACGCACAACCUUGAAUUGAGUGCUUAAAUUUUUCCAUAGAAAUUGUGAAAAUGAUAAUUCAGAAGACAUGCAGUGUGUAUUUGUAAAAAGGCGUUUUUUCGAUAAAAGUCAAAUAAAUAAAACUGAAUUUUAGUGUU